GCACCUCAACUUCCUCUCGGCUCCUCUCCUCUCGCGCCGCCCUCGGGGCCCGCCCUCCUCUGCCUGGUGGCGCCGGGAGGCUGUUUUUCCACUCACUGGCGCGCAGACUCCAUCCCACUGUUUUCUUCUCUCUUUUCUGGAGUUAGAUUAGUCUGAAGCCGCCACCAGCCCCAGGCUCCCGUGCAGAAGAAAAGCGGGAGGGAACGGCUGAGGUUGCCGCUGCCCUGCACCGCCCUCCUGGAGGCCACUUGGAGAGUCCUGCCCCGAGGAGGCCAUGGCCACAAGUGCCCACAGCUGGCCCCAGGAAACACCAGGCCAACCACAGCUGGGGAUAAAAUAGCACAACCACACCCUGCCAUCCAGCGCCUCCCAGCCUGUGCCCCUUCCUAGUACCACCAGCAACCAUCAAUCCCGUCUCCUCCUACCUCCUCUCCUGCAAUCCACCCUGCCACAACUGUCGCCAUGGCAGCCCUGAUCGCAGAGAACUUCCGCUUCCUGUCACUCUUCUUCAAGAGCAAGGAUGUGAUGAUUUUCAACGGCCUGGUGGCACUGGGCACGGUGGGCAGCCAGGAGCUGUUCUCUGUGGUGGCCUUUCACUGCCCCUGCUCACCGGCCCGGAACUACCUCUACGGGCUGGCGGCCAUCGGCGUGCCCGCCCUGGUGCUCUUCAUCAUUGGCAUCAUCCUCAACAACCACACCUGGAACCUCGUGGCCGAGUGCCAGCACCGGAGGACCAAGAACUGCUCCGCCGCCCCCACCUUCCUCCUUCUAAGCUCCAUCCUGGGCCGUGCGGCUGUGGCCCCUGUCACCUGGUCUGUCAUCUCCCUGCUGCGUGGCGAGGCUUAUGUCUGUGCUCUCAGUGAGUUCGUAGACCCUUCCUCACUCACGGCCAGGGAAGAGCACUUCCCAUCAGCCCACGCCACCGAAAUCCUGGCCAGGUUUCCCUGCAACGAGAACCCUGACAACCUGUCAGACUUCCGGGAGGAGGUCAGCCGCAGGCUCAGGUAUGAGUCCCAGCUCUUUGGGUGGCUGCUCAUCGGCGUGGUGGCCAUCCUGGUGUUCCUGACCAAGUGCCUCAAGCAUUACUGCUCGCCACUCAGCUACCGCCAGGAGGCCUACUGGGCGCAGUACCGUGCCAAUGAGGACCAGCUGUUCCAGCGCACGGCCGAGGUGCACUCUCGGGUGCUCGCUGCCAACAAUGUGCGCCGCUUCUUUGGCUUUGUGGCGCUCAACAAGGAUGAUGAGGAACUGGUUGCUAACUUCCCAGUGGAAGGCACGCAGCCACGGCCACAGUGGAAUGCCAUCACCGGUGUCUACUUGUACCGUGAGAAUCAGGGCCUCCCACUCUACAGCCGCCUACACAAGUGGGCCCAGGGUCUGGCAGGCAACGGUGCAGCCCCUGACAACGUGGAGAUGGCCCUGCUCGCCUCCUAAGGAGCUGCUUCCCAUGCUCUUUGUAAAUGGCACUACUUGGUCCCAAACUGAACCCCACUGCUUGCUCACAUCCAUAUCAGAAGAGGAUUUUUUAAAAACUGCAUCUUCUUGGCCAGGGGAAAGGAGCACAAGGCAAUCUGGGGUGUGGAGAGACCCAGUAGACAAUGGAAGCCCCAGCCAGCAGGACCAGGUGACAGUGAAGCUCACCAGUGGGCUCCUUUAUGGUACUCUAUGCAGUUAACAUGUGUCUAGCUGCAUAGGGACACCCAGCGCAGCAGUGCACCACUGGGAAGCGGCCUCCAGGGCAGCCUCUGGCCUUAUUUUAUAUAUUUAAAUUUUUGAUAAAGUUUUUCUUACUAGAAGGA